GAUCAUCUAGUCUGACCCCUGUGCAACACAGGCCGGAGACCUCACCGGCCUCCCUCCCAGAACUGGUGGUGGGGAUCUUCUGAUGGCUAUUCCACUUGCACAGUGACCCCUCGACGCUGACUCAGCCACACGGGCCUGUCCAUUGCGGGGACAGUGCCAAGGAUCCCUUGCUGCAGUUCGCCCACCCAGGAGAGUUUGGGAAGUGGUACUCGCGCCCUGUGCAGGGGACGCCAAGGCGUGACUGAGUGCAGCGUGCCAACAAUUACAGGCAUGCACAUGCACAAACUUGGGUGCAGAAGUGCCCUGAAAAGCCUUCCAGCUCUUUGCUGAGAUGUGAGGGCGGGAAAGCUAGGAAGGACACGCUGAGAAACAAAACAAGAGUUACCAGCGUCUGCGGGGGAGCUGCGGCCCCUUGCCCAGCGCCCCGUGUGCAGAGGAAAUGGCCACUGAGCAGCCGAUGGGCCCCACGGAGGAGCAGCUGGAGAUCCUGGAGUAUAACUUCAGCAAGGUCAACAAGCACCCGGACCCCACCACCCUGUGCCUCAUCGCAGCCGAGGCGGGGCUGUCCGAGGAGGAGACCCUGAAAUGGUUCAAGCAGCGCCUUGCAGAGUGGAGAAAAUCCGAAGGGCUCCCUUCAGAGUGUGGAUCCGUUAGAGACUAAGGAGGAUGACUAGCUUUUUCCCUACUCACUGUAAACAACUGAUUUUGCUUUUCCUUCUCGCAAUAGAUGUUAUGAUCCAAAGUAACAUCCUGCUGUUUAACAUGGUGUUUUAUUUAAAAUGAACAUAACGAGAAAAAAUAAUGAUAUAAUACUUUAAACAGCUCUUGUCACAUAUUAUAGGGUGGCUAAGAGGAGAGCAGCUGUACCCUGUUUGGAUUAGAGUUCCAUAUGGCGUAUAAAUGUAAUGUCAGCUGCACAGAGCAGAACCAGUUAAGGACCUAACCCUUGGCUCUAAGCAAAGCUACUAUGAAAGGGCAGAAUGAUAGUGUGAAAAUUUUCCUUUUCUUCUGAUCCCCAUAUGCACACUCAGUGCCAGCAUUAACAGUCUCUAGGUUCCUGGAACAGAAAACCAGAUGUGUCAUUAACCUGAGCUUACUCAGCUCAACACACACAGCACUGAAAAUCACCACAGAGGAGAACUGAGGACAUCCAUAAUUACUAGAUCAUGCCAAGAACCCUUGACUUUAUCUGAAGUGUGUCUAAUAAAUGUCACUGAAUGAAAAGGAAUAUUUUUCUGAUGUAUUAAUAAAAUCAGAACUUUU